AUGGAGGAGUUCGAAGUCGUCAACAAGCUUACCGGCGGUCUCCGCCACCUUCGGGUUCGUGAAGCUGACGAAGUCGCCAAGUAUUCCGUUCCGGUUGAGACCGUACCUCGCCCAGGCUUCAACACUACAGGUAAAGAGAUAGCCAUUUCUCUAAAUGCAUACCCUAUUACCAAGUUCCCUAGUAGGAACGUCUACCAAUAUGAUGUCAACAUUGGCAACGGUGACGAGAAAAACAUCGUUUGCAAGAAAGUCUGGAAUUCAAACGCCAGAAAAGCCGUUUUGAAGCAGAUCAUCUAUGAUGGUCGCAAGCUCGCUUGGUCUAUGAACAACUACGCGAAUGGACUAAACAUCAUCGUUGACCUUGACGCCGAACAAGGCCGCACCGGAGGUCGCACUUCCAAUGCUUUCCGUCUAGUAGUGCGCUCUACUAAGACCGUAAACCUGGCUGUCUUGAAUGCAUGGCUCCAGGGACGUGCUACGUUUUCUGAGACUGUUUUGGAAGCUCUUAACUUCCUUGACCAUGUCAUUCGAGAAUGGCCCAGCGGUAAGUUUGUAGCAAUCCGCCGUUCCUUCUUCGACGAAAACGGAGAGAAUAAGGACUUGGGCAACGGUGUAUUGGCUUUCAAGGGUGUCUAUGAGGCCAUCAGACCCGCCAUUAAUCGCGGACUUAUUGUCAACGUCGAUGUUUCAAGCACAUGCUUCUGGGCUCGCACUUCAUUUUUGGGUGCUGCGAUGGCCAUCAUGGACUGCCGGGACCACCAGCAUCUCAUGCAUGAGCUAAGACCUGUCGCGGACGGCCAUGGCGGCACGACUGAAUCAAACGCAUUCUACGAAGUCCACCGCCGGCUUAGAAAGCUUGUGGUUCAACCUCACUACCGGGGCUGUCCCUGUCUAGGUGUGAAUUUCACCGUCAAGGGCCUUAUCAAUGCCCCUGCGAGCAAGUAUACGAUCGAGCUGAAGGACAAGGCAACUGGGGCGAUCGAGAAGAUAACCGUGGAGCAAUACUUCAAGAGGAAGUACAACCUUCUUUUGACUUACCCUGAUCUGCCCAUGGUUGAAAUGACGAAGAAAGGGGUUGUGUACCCCAUGGAAUAUUUGACUAUCCAUGGACUUCACAAAUAUCCUUGGAAACUGAAUGAAUACCAGACUUCGCAUAUGAUUAAAUACGCGGCUGCGCACCCUGCUGAUCGUCUUCAUUCGAUUCAUAAGUCGAAGAAGAUGCUCGAUCAUUCCAAGGAUCCGGUUUUGCAGACUUUUGGACUCCAGAUCGACGAAAACAUGAUCCGCACCAAGGCUCGCUUGCUCCCAAACCCUGAUAUCCAGUUUGGUGGCAACCAACGCCACAAUCCAGGUACCAGCGGCCGCUGGGAUCUUCGUGGAAAGAAGUUCUAUCAGGCUAAUAGAGUACCUGUCACCAGCUGGGGAGUUGGGUUUAUCCCCGGCAAACGCAACGCCAUCAAUAAGACCCAAGUGGAAAACUUUGUUGACGGAUUCAUGAAGACCUACGCUGGACAUGGUGGAACAAUUACCCAACGUCCCAUGGUUAUCGAGCUGAAGGAGGACAUCGGUGAAGCUAUGAAGAGACUCUUCAAUUCAACUGGCAACAAGUUUCAAAGGGAACCUCAGCUUCUCUUGAUCAUUGUCCCUGACAAAAAUUCGUUUUCUUACCUCCGGAUUAAGAAAUCUUGUGACUGUCGUUGGGGCGUGCCUUCUCAAGUCUUGCAGUCUGCACAUGCUGUUAAGGCAAACCCGCAAUAUAUCUCGAAUGUCUUGAUGAAAGUCAAUGCAAAGCUCGGUGGUACGACAGCUCGCAUUGCGCCGAAGGUCGUCGAUGCUGGCCUUAGGCCCAUGUCAAUGAUUAUUGGCGCAGAUGUGACUCACCCUACACUAGGUGUUUGGUCGCCUUCUAUGGCCGCUGUGUCUGUCUGCAUGGAUACAUUUGGCGGACGUUACUGGGGUGCGUGCGAGACCAAUGGUGACAGGGUGGAAAUUAUUGCCCGCGCAAAUAUGGAGCAUAUGCUUACCCCCCUGGUGCGAGAGUGGAUGUCUACAGUUGGUCGAGGACGUGCUCCUGAAAAUGUUUACUACUUCCGUGAUGGCGUCUCAGAUGGGGAAAGAGAAAAGAUCUUGAAGCAGGAAGUCCUAGAUAUGAAGUCUAUCUUUACGAAAUUAACUCAAGAUCAAUGGAAAGGGAAGUUUACAGUGGUUGUCGCUAACAAGCGUCAUCAUAUCCGAGCGUUUCCUAAUCCAACUGAUCGCAAUGCAGCUGACAAAAACGGCAAUCCUCUGCCCGGACUUCUUAUUGAGAAGGAUGUUACUAGCCCGCAUGAUUGGGACUUCUUUUUGUACUCCCAUAUCGCGCUUCAAGGAACCUCUCGGCCUGUUCACUAUCAUGUCAUUCUGGACCAAAUUGGGCAUAAGCCUCAUCAGCUGGAAAAUAUGAUCUAUGAUCAUUGCUACCAGUACAUACGGUCCACGACUUCGGUCUCACUGUUCCCCGCGGUCUACUAUGCGCAUCUUAUUGCGGCCCGCGCGCGUCACCAUGAGGAUGUCCCUGCCAGUUCUGGCCCGCGGAGCGGGCGUGAGGUUCCAUUGACCAACCCUAAACCAAAGGACAGGCCUGUCGACCCUAGGCUCUUGCCGAUUCACGGCACAUCGAAUAGACUACCCUUCGCGGUCUGGUAUAUCUAG